UUGUUGCUGAUUGGAGUGAACGACAGUUACGACACAGUAAGAGAGAGAGAGAGAGAGAGAGAGAGAGAGAGAGAGAGAGGCGGCGAUGGGUGGGUCGUCGGAAGAUUUCUCGGUGGUGGUGCUGGCGUCGGACCUGGCCGUGGAUGCUCGACCCUUCUUGGCUCACGAAGAACGAGAAGAAGAAGAAGAAAGGUGGCACGAGUGUUCACAGCACCUUUCCCCCAACGAAGACUUCUCGGAUCUGGAUCUAUUGCAAUUCAUUCGAUUCCAAGGCUCCGACAAGAACUCCAAUCGCAUUCUCCGUGUCGUCGGCAAGUACUAUCCCGCAACGGUUGUGAGUGCAGAGCGGUUGAAAAGGUAUGUUUUUCACAAAAUUUGCAGUGAGUUGCCUGAUGGGCCAUUUUGCAUAGUUUACAUGCACAGCACCGUUCAGAAGGAGGAUAAUUCCCCUGGCUUAACUAUCUUGAGGUGGAUCUAUGAAGAACUUCCUUCUGAUUUCAAGGACAGGCUUCAAACUGUGUAUUUCGUCCACCCUGGCCUUCGUUCCAGGCUAGUCAUGGCUACUCUUGGCCGGUUUUUCUUAAGUGGAGGAUUAUAUUGGAAGAUCAAGUAUGUAAGCCGCCUUCAGUACCUUUGGGAUGAUAUAAAGAAAGGAGAGAUUGAGAUACCAGAAUUUGUGCAAAGUCAUGAUAAUAUUCUGGAGCAUAGACCACUCACAGAUUAUGGCAUUGAACCUGACCCCUUUAACUUGAGUGCAAUGCCUUCAGCCUCGUACCCGUUUGGAAAGUACGAGGAGAGAUGGGCAGCAAGGGAUUAUGUGUCUUAGUAUGGUUGUCACGUAAUCAUCUGAUAAAACUCAACUUUUGUACAGAGUAGCUCUGAUAUUGUACUUGUUUUUCAUGUAUACUCAGUCUACGAGUUUCUCUUUUUGUUGAGUAAAACUUGAGUAAUGACUACAUGUUCUACAUAUCAAGAGGAACUUGUUUCAGUAUAUUAAUCUAUGGAAGUUCAACAUGUACGUUUUCAUAUGAUGAUACAUUCUUGAACAUUCCUUGGUGAUGUUGAUAUACUGGUAUUGUAUGAAUUGCUCCCCCUUUAGGUAUUAGUUGUGUGCUGUGCAUG